GUUUUUAAUUUCUCUUUUGAUUUCUUCAAAUACCCAGGUAUUAUUCAUAAGUAUUUUGUUCAUUCUCCAUAGUUUGGAUGUAUUUCUUUGUUUUUGUGGUUGAUUUCUUUAUCAUUAUUAUUAUUUUGCUUGUUAUCUUUUUAAUUUUUUUUAUGGAACUCUUCAUGAAUUUGCGUGUUAUCCUUGCACAGGGGCCAUUAGUCUUCUCUGUAUCAUUCCAGUUUUAGUAUAUGUGCUGCCGAAGAGAUCACUCCCUUUAGAAAUUUUUUAUUAGUGAUUUAAUAAUGAUCAACAAGAUUGUGGGAUAAGAAGUGUACAAUUCCAUACAAUUCCCACCACCAGAGUUCUGUAUCUCAUCUCCUCCAUUGAAAGGUUCCCUAUUCUUUAUCCCUCUGGGAGUAUUGACCAAAGAUCUUUAUGGCAUGCCAAAGGUGGGAGUCUGGCUUCUGUAAUUGCUUCUCCACUGGACAUGGGAAUUGACAGGAUUUUCCUCAUUGGUGCCCAGAGGAUAUCGGUCACUUUCAGGCUUCCUACCAAGGGAGGAACCAAAGUUCUCCUCCUCUGUUGAGAGAAGGAAUAAACGUGAAUUCUUUGUCAAGUCAUGUGACUUGAGAGAAAAAGGAAUGUUCUGUUUUCCUUCUUUUUACUUGUCUUAUUUUCCUUGGAUUGUGACCAGAGAUCAGGCAAAGAACAGAAUUCUGAGCACUGCUCAACUUUGGCUUAUGGUGGUGUGAGGGAUUGAACCUGGGACCUCAGGGCUUCUGGAAUAUUCUACAGUGACUCCUUGUCUUCUCUCUCGUGGACCUGGUGAUUCAGACACUGACAUCUCCCAUGGCUCCUUACCACAUCCGCAAAUACCAGGAGAAGGAUGAUGAGUGUAUCCGGGACUUGUUCUCCAAGGGGAUGGCUGAACAGGUCCCCACUGCCUUCCACCACAUCCUAAAGCUGCCUCGAACUCUCAUACUCUUGCUUGGGGGUCCCUUGACUGUAUUCCUGCUCACUGGAUCCUGGCUCCUGGCACUGUUGGUCAGCCUCACCUUCUUAGUUGCCCUGAGGUUUCUUGCCAUGUAUCCCUACACCCAGUUUAUAGCCAUGUCUCUGAACACGGACAUGUCAGACAUAACUAAGAACUACUUCAGUGAGCGUGGCUCCUGCUUCUGGGUGGCAGAGUCUGAGGGGCAGGUGGUGGGCAUGGUGGGAGCCCUGCCCGUGAAAGAGCCAGCUGCGAGGGAGAAGCAGUUAGAGCUCCUUCACAUGAGUGUGGCCUCAGAGUACCGAGGUCAAGGGAUAGCCAAAGCCCUGGUUAGGACUGUCCUGCAGUUUGGACAAGACCAGGGCUACAGUGCAGUUGUCCUCAGCACUAGUGAGAUACAGUACUCUGCCAUAGGCCUCUACCAGAGCAUGGGCUUCCAGAAAACCCACCAGGUCUUCAAGUCCUUUUCCAUGAGACUUGCUGCUAACCAUGUAUUUUCCUUCAUUUACCACCUCCCCUCUGUUCAGGAUUCCAAGGUGCUGAGGUAGAGGGAGGUUCUAUGACCUUUUAACUAUGGAUUAGUCAGGGUGAGGCAAGCAAGGGUUAACUUUUAAAGAGGAAAGCAAGGGUUAACUUCUUAGUUUUAAAAAAAUGCUAUUGGAAGCAAUCUUCCCCCUUCUCCCAGCACAAAUAGGGUUUUCUACUGCUGUAAUCAAAGUGGCCAAGCAAGUUUGAUAACCCAAACAAGGUGUACUCUCUGUAUACAAAAAAGAAAUAAGUAGCCUGUUAAGCUUAUUACUGUGAAUUACUAUGGGAAAGCUGAUAACUGUAUAAAAAAAGCAAGCACUGUGGUCUAGGAGGUGGCGCAGUGGUAAAGCUUUGGAUUCUCAAGCAUGAGGUCCCAUGUUCAAUCCCCGGCAGCACAUGUGCCAGAGUGGUGUCUGGUUCUUUCUCUUUCCUCCUAUCUUUCUCAUAAAUAAAUAAAAUCUUAAAAAAAAAAAAAAAAAGCAAGCACUAUUGUGUUUGGGGCCCAGUCUUUUGUGGACAUGAGUUUGGCUGGGUCUGCCAACAUAAUAAACACUGCUUUCUACAAUAAAGCCUCAGUGUGUCCCAUCUCUCUGCCUGAGAACCCAGUAACAUUCUUGGGGCAUUGGCCACAAAGGGAGAUGGAGAUCUUUGGCCUCCCUUGUCAUUAAGUCUUGACCCCUGGGAUGUGAGAAGCUGGAUCUACCUGGCACCAAGGGCCUCUUGCCUGUGGGAAGAACGACUCUUCCAGCGAACUGGGUAGUGUCCCUGAUAGCACAAUGGAACCUGGUACAGGAAUCAGCAGAAAGAGGGAGUUCCAACAGAUGGACAGAUAAGGACUCAGGGCCAGAUCAGAGACCUGCCUCCUAGAGGCUAAUGGGGAGCUUGAUCACCUCCCCAAAGCAGGGUUGCCCAAGUAGUUUCUGAAAAGGCAGAGAGGUGAAACCAUGACCUUACAGAAAUUCUUAGUAAAGGGGCAGUGUUUGACUGUCCAGACUCAGUGAGUGUGCGUCAUGGACAAUAGGUAGAAUAUUGGUGGUCGCCAGAGUAAACAAAUUCCUUCAAGAUGUAUGGUAAGGAGUUUUUUUUUUUUUUUUUUUUUUACAAUAAUUGUCUAUGUGCUUGUUUUGUUUAGUCAUUUCAGUCUGACUUGAUUGUCCAAAAAUUAUAAAUUUCAGUGUUAAAACACUGUCUUGCAAGACCAAAAAAGUUAACCUUGAAGUUGCAUGCACUCUUAUCAGACAAUGCUCAAGAAAGAAAAAGUGGGAGCCAGGGGCAUUUUAAACCAGCAAUUGAGCUGAAGGACAAGCAAGAUAGCUGCAGUUUGUUACAUUUUUUUUUUUUGGCAAAUGUCUAAUGAUUUAACUUAUCUUUCUAAGUUUUUCAAGACAAGCACACUGAACAACUAAGCUUUGUCUGCAGUUGUAAGAUUUUACUGUUCUUCUUAAAGUGUUUCUAUAAUUUGACUGAGUCAAACUACAAAAAAUUAAUAAAGGUAAGCAAAAUAUAUUUUUAUAUUUAUUUAUUUAUCAUUGUAUACAGACAGAGAGAAACUGAGAGGAGAAGGAAGAUAGAAAGGU